GCUAUAUAUUGUUGGCCACAACCACAGAUGGGCAGCUCGCACGGUGCCACCAGUUCACCAGCGGCCAUGUGUUCACUAACACUGGUAGGUUUGGUUCUGCUCGGGGCAGUAGCCGCAGAUGCAGAUGGAGGUUUCUCCAAAGGAAAAGAGUUCAUGGCCGCCUUCAUGUUCAACUAUGGCGUGGGGGAGAGCAACACCACGGCCAACUAUGUGUUCGUAUCACCCGAAGGGGACGGCACGGUGGAUCUGAGCAUGUUAGCGGUGGGGAAUGCCCCACCCUGGAAGGCCACCCACAACCUGACAGCUGGAACUACCCUCCGAGUUGACAUCCCAAACCAGUCCGAGAUGCCCAAUACCAUGACCCUAGAGCAGCGGGGAAUCACCAUAACUUCUGAUGUGGACAUUUCUGUGUACGCCAUGAACGACAACGUCAACGCCUCCGCGGCCGACGCUGCAGAAAUCCUGCCUGUGUCAGCACUGUCUACGGACUACGUCGUUCCAACGCCAACUAAAAACCCCGUCAUCCUCGUUGUAGGAAUUACAGCCAAUACUGAUGUGAAAGUGACACUGGCGUCUACCUGCAGCGUUAAAUACAAGGGACAGACAUAUAAAGGUGGCAGCACUUUCACAGAAACUCUUGGAAAGUCGGACGUCUUCCAGAUCAUUUCUGCCUUCUCUACAAGGUCUGCGUGUGACUUUACUGGCACCGCUAUAAACGCCAGUCAGCCGGUGGCAGUUUAUUCUGGGUCUUCAUGCUAUUACACUACCAAGUCCGCCGGGUGUGAUCACUUUAUUGAGCAGGUUAUACCAAACGAGUUGCUCGGGACUCGUUUCAUCGUCCCCGACGUAUUUGACAACAGUAACUACAAAGUGAAGGUAAUGGCACCCUUUGACUCCACUCACAUCUACUUGUAUGAGCACCACAAAGACUUCACCGUCCACAGCUACCAGAUUGACAUCGACAAAGGCGACUUCAGGGACUACACGAUUCCCGAUGGUACAACUAUGGAGAUAUUCAGCAACAAUCGUAUCCAUGUCAUUCAGUAUGAUGGUAGUUCAACACCCUUCAGCCUCCCGAUCCCGGCUGUGAAUAGCUACGGCUGGAACUACACCUUCUCCACCAUGGACAACCCGACAUCCAAAUUCUUCCUCAGCUACAUAAAUAUCGUGGCAAAAAGCGAUUCAGCGCCCUAUCUAACCCUAGACGGGUCUACAGUAGAUCCUUCAAAAUGGCAACGAGUGAGGGAUCUUGGGUAUUCUGUGGCCACUAUUUCCAUCCCCCCUGGCAACCACAACGUGGAAGCAGACGACAACUUCAUGGUGCAAGUGUACGGCUAUGAUGGCGUGUCUUCUUAUGCCUUCCAGGGAGGCUACUACUUCACUAAACUACCUCUUCAUUACACACCGCCCACUCACCUCCCCGGCCAUCAUACACCAAGCACCACCAUUGCAGCGUGUGUCGACAGCCCUGGUGUCGACUGCAAAGUCCUCGACGGAUCCAUAGGCAUCUGCAAGAACCCAGAUGGAGCUAAAAACUAUUGUCCGAAAUAUUGCAAUCUGUGUUCUGGCUGCACAUCACCCGGCGGCUGUAUUGUUGGCUAGGCAACCAGACACUGUGCUUGUACAAUGACUGCUCAACUCAAAUAGUGCCCAUGGUCAAAUAAAAGCGUUCAUUAAACCAA